AUGAACACCAAAGAUUUUAUAGUUUUUCCAUGGGGAAAACCUGGAAAUUCUGUAAAGCUGAAAUACAAAAAUGCUCAGGAACUGAGGAUGGAGAAGGUCCAGUUAGAACUGGAGAAUCAACAGAUGGAAAAGAAGCUACAGGAAUUCCAAUCAGCCCGGAGUAAAGAAAAGGAAGAAAGAGAGUCAAGUGGAUAUCACUGGAAAUCUGGACGAGUGGGAAAAUUGGAUAAUCAAUCACACACGAUGUCACAAAAUAAAGGAAAUAUUAUUAAGUUUUCUGCUGGAAAAGUGAAAUUAAAAUUACUGAAGGAGCAACUUCAAGAUCCAGUGAAACCACAAAUUAAUUAUAAGAUGGCCAAUCCUUCUGAAAGUAAAAAAUCCAAGAUAAAAGGGAAGGUUUGUGGACAGUGUGAGAACAAAGCUGCUCUGCUGGUAUGCCUUGAAUGUGGAGAAGAUUAUUGUUUGGGUUGCUUUGCUAAAAUUCACCAGAAGGGGGCACUAAAACUCCAUAGAACAACUCUUUUGCAGGCAAAAUCUCAAAUAUUAUCCACUGUAUUGGAUGCUGCCCAUCGGUUUAUCAAGGAAGUUAAUCCAGAUGAACCCAAAGGGAAUAAUCAUUCUCCAGAAGAGAUUAAUAAAAGUGAGAACAAGCCCAAAUCUCUUCUACAGGGGAUCCACUCUGGGGUAGAAGUUCCAACCACAAAAAGAGCAGAAUGUUCACAUCCAAAAGAUAGGCUCCUCUGUGAAGGGUCAUCUGAUGAAGAAGCUUCUGCCCAGUCCUUUCCGGAAACUUUAAAUCAGUGGAGAACUGGACAUCAAGAUGACAACGAGAAACAGAACUCACCUGCAGCAAAAGCAGACUCAUUGGAAGAAUGUGAAGUACAAACUAAUCUGAAAAUUUGGAGAGAACCACUCAAUAUUGAAUUUAAAGAAGACAGUCUAUCCUAUAUGGAAAAGUUAUGGCUUAAAAAACACAGGAGAACUCCACAGGAGCAACUUCGAAACAUGCUACCAGAUACAUUCAUACCUCAAUGUAAAACAGUGAGUGAGGCACAGUGUUCCCAGAAUGAAAGUGAUGAAAAUAGUGAUGUUGAGGAGACCAAAGUACAAUACCCAGCGCCUUUUCUGCCAGUAGAAGAACUAAACAUAGAGAGACCUGGGCCAUCUCUAAAAAUAGUUGAACUGGAUGAUACUUAUGAAGAGGAAUUUGAAGAACCAGGAGACACAGUGCCCUACAAAGUUGAGUUAGCAGAUGCAGACAGUCAACAAAGUUGCACAUUUCAUGAUUAUCAGAAUACUUUUCUGUAUGAAACUGACAUCCAUCAACAUCACGUUUCCACCAAGGGAAAAACAGACCUCUUACAUCUUCAUCUGAACAACAGCUCUUCUUACUGUAAAAAUAACUCAAAAGCAGGAACUUCAAAUACAGAAUUUGACAUCAUUGUGGAUCCUGACAUUUAUUCUCCUGCCAUUGAGAAAAUAGGGGAAAGCAGCUUUUCUGAAAGAAAUUUCAAGGAGAAAAUGAUAGAUACAGAGAGUAAUCAAAAGUCUGGUGAUUCCUGUGUAUCACUUGAGAGCAAGGCUUCUUUGCCAAGCAUAGAUUUAAAAAAACCUUCCAUUAAGGAGCAGUUAUCUCAGGACAUCAAAGAAGCCUUGGAAUUUAGCAAUCUGCAUGAGAGGCCAAACUUUGAAGAUUCUAAAGCUACCAAGUCACCACUGUUGUUACAAGAAAUAGCCCUCAGAAGUAAGCCUAUAACUGAACAAUAUCAAGGACUUGAAAGAUUCUUUGUUUUUGAUAAAAAUGAAAGACUCAACUUACUUCCUUCUCAUAGCUUAGAAUGCAACUAUUCCAGUACUAGGAUUACAACUGCAGGAGACAGAGAGUGGAUCCCAGACCGUAGCAUAAGUACAUAUGCUGAUAAUGCAGUUGCCUUGGGUGUUCUGCAGAGUGCCCAGAACCCGUCAACGAGUAGAACACAACGAAAAAUAGGCCAGAUAUCCCAGAGACCUUCAACAGCAAAUUUAUCCCUUUCCAACUCUGUUAAAAAAAGCUCCAGCUGCCUUGUCUCCUCCCAUCCUCGGUCAAGAAGUGUAGCUGCUCGACCAUUAUCUAGAGCCGCUUCUGAAAUUUCAGAAAUUGAAUAUAUUGAUACUACUCACCACACCGAGCCAUUCUUAGAUGGCACUGCUGAUCAGCAAACCUUAGACAAUUUGGAAAAAGAAUUAAAUGUCCUGAGAAAUCUUGCAGAUCCUUCAGAAAAGCUUUACAGCCUAACCUCAGAAGAGUUACCAGCCUUCAACAACCAUUCGCUGAACAUAAGUCAGACUACCCUAGAUUUCUGUAAGAUCUCAAGUGCAAGAGGCCUCCGUGCAGUUGAGGAAUGGAGCUCUUCUGAAAGAGAUACUGAAGUUCAGUCUUUGCUGACACUUUCUGAAAGCAGCACAGAUGAGGAGGAAGAGGAUUUUCUUGAUAAGCAACAUGUCAUCAUGCUACCGUGGUCAUAGAGUGCCUCAUGAUAAUGAUCAUUUGUUCAUUACUUUUUUGAUUUUGUACCCAAAGUAAAGCAAACAGCUGAAAAAAGUGACCAAGUGAUUACCUGUCCAGGUGCUGGGGAUUUUGAUUAUUAAUGUUUCUGAUAUUUCAAGGUUU